UGUUUGUAACGUAUACACUACAUUACCCGCCGGUGCUCAUGGACAGCACCUCUCGUGUCGAGAUUGUGCAAAUAGAAACAAGAUGGCGGCCCCAGCAGCAAUGAUUCCGUACUUUGGGCAGCAAAUGUCUUCUAAAAAUGACCUGGUCCCGGACUGGACCAGGCAGGAAGUCAGCACCGGGACCACCAUCAUGGCGGUGGAGUAUGAUGGAGGAGUGGUGAUCGGGGCAGACUCUCGCACCACCACAGGAGCUUACAUCGCCAACAGAGUCACAGACAAACUGACACCAAUCCACGACAGGAUCUUCUGCUGCAGGUCCGGGUCGGCUGCUGACACUCAGGCCAUUGCUGACGUGGUCACCUACCAGCUGGGCUUCCACAGCAUCGAGCUGGACGAGCCCCCAUUGGUGGAGACAGCUGCUAAUCUGUUCAGAGCGAGCUGCUACCGCUACAGAGAGGAGCUGACCGCUGGGAUCCUGGUGGCCGGGUGGGGGGGGGGCAGGUAACACUCCCCCUGUGGUGGGGUGCGGUGUGGGCAGCCAGUGGCGGUGGGCGGCAGCGGCAGCACCUACAUCUACGGCUUCAUGGACUCUAACUACAAACCAGGACUGAACAAAGACCAGUGUCUGGAGCUCACUGCUGCAGCUCUGUCCCUGGCCAUGGAGAGAGACGGCUCCAGCGGCGGCGUGGUCAGACUGGCCACCAUCUCAGAGGAGGGAGUGGAGAGACGGGUGAUACUGGGCAACCAGCUGCCAAAGUUCUCCAGCCACUGAGCUCGGUGGCGGAGCUGUGUUCACAUCUGUUUGCUUGUGUUAAUAAAGUUUUCACUCUGCC